AGAGUGAACACUCCCUUUCUGGCACAGCACACACCUGUAGCCCCGUGCAGCCCCACCUCUUUUCCUGCAGACUCUCCCAAAACUUUCCAGAAACCAAACUAAACACCCUCCAGGCUCUCCCCGCUCCAAACUCUCCAGUCUCUCCAGGAUCCAUACUCCGGACCGAGCUGCAGCAUGUCGGGCAUCGCCGCCACCCUCCAGCGCCGCCGGGAGAAGGAGCAGGGCAUCGGCUCGUGCAGCCAGGCGGUGAAGUACCUGAACCAGGACUACGAGGCUCUGCGGCGGCGCUGUCUCGAGUCCGGAUCCCUCUUUAAGGACGACGCGUUCCCGGCGGAGACCUCUUCUCUGGGCUUCAAAGAGCUGGGCGCUGGCUCCUACAAGAUCCGCGGGGUUUCCUGGAAGAGACCGACGGAGUUGACCUCUGACCCCCAGUUCAUCGUCUCCGGAGCCUCCAGGACCGACAUCUGCCAGGGAGCUCUGGGUGACUGCUGGCUGCUCGCCGCCAUCGCCUCUCUGACCCUGAACCAGGAAGUUCUGGCUCGAGUCGUCCCUCAUGGACAGAGCUUCAGUAAAGGAGAGUACGCCGGGAUCUUCCACUUCCAGUUCUGGCAGUUUGGGGAGUGGGUGGACGUGGUGAUUGACGACCGUCUGCCGGUUAAAGAUGGAGAGCUGCUGUUCGUCCACUCGGCCGAGGGGAGGGAGUUCUGGAGCGCUCUGCUGGAGAAAGCCUACGCCAAGUUGAACGGCUGUUACGAGGCUCUGUCUGGAGGAUCCACCACUGAGGGGUUUGAGGAUUUCACCGGAGGAAUCGCCGAGGUCCACGAGCUCAAACGACCCGAUGCUCAGCUGUUCCACAUCAUCCAGAAAGCUCAGAGCCGCGGCUCACUGAUGGGCUGCUCCAUAGACAUCACGAGCUCGUCUGAGUCAGAGGCCGUCACCUCUCAGAAGCUGGUGAAAGGCCACGCCUACUCUGUGACCGGCACAGCUCAGGUGGAGCACCAGGGAGGAACAGAGAAGCUGAUCCGGAUCAGGAACCCCUGGGGACAGGUGGAGUGGACCGGAGCCUGGAGCGACAACUCAAUGCAGUGGCGUCAGAUCAGCUCCGAGGACCGCGAGCGUCUGAGUCAUCGCUCCGAGGACGGAGAGUUCUGGAUGUCUUUCGCCGACUUCCUGCGACAUUACGACCGUCUGGAGAUCUGCAACCUGACGCCCGACGCCCUGAGCGACGACACCGUCUCCAAGUGGGCGUUGUCCAAGUUCGACGGGAGCUGGAGGCGCGGAUCCACCGCCGGAGGCUGCAGGAACUACCCAGACACGUUCUGGACCAACCCUCAGUUUGUGAUCCAUUUGGAGGAGGAAGACGACGACCCGGGCGACGGCGAGGUCGGCUGCAGCUUCCUGGUCGGUCUGAUCCAGAAGAACCGGCGCCGCGCCCGGAAGCUGGGGGAGGACAUGCACACGGUCGGCUUCGCCAUCUACCAGGUUCCUGAUGAGUUCCGCGAUCAGAGGAACGUCCACCUGAAUAAGAACUACUUCCUGCGUCACGCCUCAGCCGCUCGCUCCGAGACGUUCAUCAACCUGAGGGAGGUGUGCAGUCGCUUCUGUCUGCCGCCCGGAGAAUACCUGAUCGUUCCGUCUACCUUCGAACCGCACAAGAACGGAGACUUCUGCGUCCGUGUCUUCUCCGAGAAACAGGCCAACUUUCAAGAGAUGGACGACCCCGUCGAGAGCAGAGUGGAGACGAUUGAGAUCGAUGAAGACGAUGUGGACGAUCGGUUCAGAAAACUGUUUGGACAGCUGGCAGGAGGGGACUGUGAGAUUUCCUCCUAUGAGCUGCAGAAGAUCCUCAACCGAGUGGUGACCAAACGUUCUGACAUUAAGACCAGUGGCUUCAGCAUCACAACGUGUCGUAACAUGGUCAACAUGUUGGACAAAGACGGCAGCGGUAAACUGGGUCUGCUGGAGUUCAAAGUGCUGUGGACCAAAAUCGAGAGCUACCUGAGUGUUUACCGUCAGAAGGACGUGGAUAAUUCGGGGGCGAUGAGCUCCACAGAGAUGAGGAUGGCUGUGGAGGAAGCUGGUUUCAGUCUGAACAACGCGCUGCAUCAGAUCCUGGUGGCUCGCUACAGCGAACAAGAUCUCACCGUCGACUUCGACAACUUUGUGGGCUGUCUGGUUCGCCUGGAGACCAUGUUCAACACCUUCUACACGCUGGACAAAGAUAAGUCAGGAAGCGUGGAGCUCAGCAUGAUGGAGUGGCUGAACGUGUCCAUGCUGUGAGGAUCCAGAACCAGAACCGGAUCAGGGCUGAGAUAUAGUCCGGGUGCUGACUGAAGAUUGUUUACAUGUUGAUUAUUAAUCAUGAAGGAGAGCGAUAUUUUAUUAUAUCAAAUAAUAAAGCAAGAAAAACCCCAAUAGAAGCCUUGGAGUCAGACUAUGAAUAAGAAACAGAAUUAUUCCCAGAACAAUCUUUGAUUAAUGAAUGGUAGUGAAGGAGAAUAUUCAGCUAUUAAAAGACAUCCGGAUGUUCUGUCCGGUUGGUUCUUUGUUCUCAGUCUGAUGUCAUGAAGUGGUGUAUGUAUGACGUAUGCCAUUAUUGGCGUGUUAUGAAGACGCAUACUCAAUUUUUAUCAUUGACUUACGUUACCUUGCGAUUGCGUGUGAAUUUAUGCCGUAGCGAGUAGUAUGAAAGGGACGAAAAUCAGGACUUGUCACGUUUCCUAAACCCAACCAUAGCCUCGCGACACGCCACGUGGCUUUAGAAAGUGGCGUGUAUGUUGAGGCUGUGACGUUGCUGACUGCUGUCUGCGGUAUACAGCGUAGACAUACACACACAGCUCAAAAUGCGUCCAGAUAACACACGCCACUUGGCUUUAGAAAGUUGUGUAUGUUUACGCGAAGUCAUGAUAUCACGUUGUUGUUCUUAUCAGAAAUGUGUAGAAGCAUCUUUAUCAUAACCUCCGUUUCACAUCAACUCCUGGAAAUAACCAGAGGAACUUUCUCUACGUGCUGAGGUUAGAGACUUCAAAGACAUUCUUAUGACGCUUUUUCAAAUGUUUGACACAUUUUAACACUAAAUAAAUAAAAUAAAAGAGAGAAAUGUGAGAAUGAUCUCAGUUUUUCCUCCACUUUAACCCCCGAGUUUAACUUCUCCUAUGAAGAUAUUUGUAUUAAUAUAUUCUUACAACUUUAUUAUUAAAUGAUCUGUUUAUUCAGCCGACUAACACAACUGUUAUGAAGUUAAAAAGCUGUUAUAACAUGUUUAUAUCCACGAUGAACAGACUAUUCUGUGUUUACUAUUUAGCUUCACACCUGAUGCCUUAAUAAUAAUCUGUUAAUAAAGACAAAGAAGUAAA